AUGCAACAUCAUUCGGAGACGACGACGUUCGUGGAGAAACCUCUUUGCCCUAAGCCACGCCGUGUGUGUUCUUCUCUUCCUGAUUUCCUCAAGCCUCUCUCAUGUUCCCUACACUCUUCCAACUGCCAACAAAGUUCGGAGGGAAGAAGCAGCGUUAUUAACAUAGUCGAUAAGGUGCAGCCGAUAGAAGGUGGAACAAUAGAGUGGUACGCAGGGUCUCCACCUAAGAGAACCGGGAAUCCUCUUAUCCACGACCUUCAUUUCGUUCACUGCCUUGACCUUCUCCCUAAUUUUUCAAGCACCAAGGCUUGA